AUGUAGUAAUAUCAAAAAACCUUUAUAGGGAAACCUUUAGAUCGAAAUCUAAUAGUUAGAUCAACUCUAAAGUUACCAUAAAUAAGGUAAGAUCUAUCAAAUCAUUAGAGUAUUGGAACUAUGAAUAUCCCAAAUAGGUCAUCAGAACAUAUUCGUAAUUCACGCCUACAUACUAAAACAAAAACUAGAGAUACUAUAAAAGCUGUUGUUAAAGAACGUCCUCAUUUUAAACAGUUACCAUCAGAUAGAACAAUGCCUACAUUACCGUCAUUAAAUUCACCAAGGUCUGAAGAUGAGGGUGAAUCAACACAUAAAAGUUAGUUUUCUUUAAGAAGAACUGUUAUUGAUACUCUCUCAUUACGUCAAUCUCGAAGGACUAGUGUAGAGAAAGACAGAUUCAAAGAAGAAAAGAAAGAAGAAAAGAAAGAAGAAGAAAGAGUCGAUUACUAAUUAUUAGACAGAGAAAUUGAAAAAUCUUAAAAUUAAUAAAUAAUUAAUCAACAACAGUUACAAACAAGUAAUAGUAAUAACAAUGAAUUCAAUCUAAAUUAAUAGAACUUAGAUGAAGUUAUUGAAGAACCUAUUGAAGAAAUAAGACCAAAAAAAGAAUCUUAAUCAAUUAGACCCAAAAAUGAAAGUGUCUCCUCACAAUUCACUUAGCCUACUGAUGAAAUACAUUCAGUAUGGGAUAACGUUGAUUUGUAUUUAAGAGGAGUUCAAUUCGAUGAAUUCGAUUAAUAAACAUAAUUACAAUCAUUUUUGUAACUCUACAAAAUGAGAAGUGGAGGAUUCCCUGUAAGUUACUUAACAUUAAAUAAGGGCUAAAGAGAGAAUUUGUCUAAUGAAGAAGUUAUCAGAAGAGCUGCUGAAUAUGCCAAAGGUAAUCGACAAGUAUUUAAGAAAUAUUUCCCUACUAAACAAGUUGUAUUUGAAAAUGAUGAAGAUUAUACAUAAUAAUAUGAUGUAAAUAACGAUGCUAAUUUUUAAAAAUUCUAAAAGUAUAUUCAGAAAUACAAUCAAUAAUGAGA